GAGGCAGUACAAGAAAGACUUCCUUCGACGCGCAUCGGGAGUGACGCUUUCAACUUACAAGACGGCUGAUGCUGUGUAAGGAGAAGCCACGUCUGUGUCACUCAUGGAUGUUAGGGGUGUUGUUAGCCCUGGUGGGUCGACAUCCAGAGCAGAUGAGGAGCAAGACAAUAUAGCACUCCUUCGGGAUGCUGUGCCUCAGCUAGAGUCUCUGUUUGUUAUCAGUCAGUGUAUUGGACAUGGCACGUUCAGCUCUGUGUACUUGGCUCGCACCAAACACACCACCACCAUCAAUGGCCGGCAUCACUUUGCUAUCAAACACAUUAUACCUACGUCUCACCCAUCAAGGGUCUACAUGGAACUGAAAUGUCUCAAGCUUAUUGG